UGAAUGUCUUGAAGGUUGGUCUGGAGAUGUUCAUUGUGAGAUAAGGGACAAUUCAACGACUGUUCACUUAUGCGUACCGGGAUGGUCAGGUGAUUGGUGUCAGGAUCAAUGUUUGAACGAUUCAAUGUGCCGGCCUACAGAAGUUUGCAAAACGCUUAGUAAAGGAGGACAUUACUGUCACUGUGCAGCGGGAUGGCACGGCAAAAAUUGUACCAUUGACAGAGACGAAUGUGCAACAGCUCCGUGCCCGAAAACAGCUACAUGUAAGAAUACACCAGGUUCGUACAAAUGCCCUUGUUUAUCAGGCUGGAAAGGGGACAAAUGCGACGAGGAUAUUAACGAGUGUUUAAUAAAUCCAUGUCAACACUCAUCAACAUGUACGAAUGAACAGGGUUACUACAAUUGCACAUGCGCACCAGGAUGGAAGGGGGCCAACUGCACUGAAGACCUUAAUGAGUGCGCUUCAAAUCCAUGCACGAAUGGAAAAAAUAGAAUGUGUGUAAAUAGUAUUGGCUCUUUCCAAUGUGCAUGUACGCCUGGCUGGGAAGGAGUUAACUGUACGAAGGAUGUCGAUGAAUGUCAGAUGGCGGGAAAUAAAACUGGAAAUCCAUGCAAACAUUCGGGACUGUGUGUAAAUACUUUAGGAUCCUACACAUGUAACUGCACUUCCGGCUGGCAGGGACACAACUGUGGUGACGAUAUCGAUGAAUGCGAUGAAAAUCCGUGCAAUGUCACAUUCACUUGUGAAAAUAGUCCCGGAUCUUUUUCUUGCUCAGGAAAACAGAUGAGCUCUAAAGGUAGUGACUUGUCUAUGGGCAAUUUGGGAUUAAAUAUUGAAAUAAUGUCGAUUAGAUACAAACUUUAUACUUUAUAUAUACUUUUGGACUUUAUACAUAACAACUGUUCAACUGACAUAAAACUAAAAUAG